AUGUCUGCUGCUCCUUCGGCCGCCGGAGAGGAGUCCCAGCAGGGCCUCCAAUUCAUCUUCGCGGCACUCCUACUCCUCUCCUUCACGUUGGUGCUACUCUUCUACCUCCGCCGCGAGAAGGCGGACGACGAAUCCAGCAGGCUCCGCCUCGCACCCGGUCCGCCGGGGCUCCCGGUCAUCGGCAACCUCCACCAGCUGAUCGGCGGACUCCCCCACCGCUCCCUCCAUCUGCUCUCGGCUGCCUACGGCCCCCUCGUCCGCCUCCAGCUCGGCCGCGUCCCCGCCCUCGUCGUCUCCUCCCCCGCCCUCGCCCGCGAGGUACUCAAGACGCACGACCUCGCCUUCUGCUCCCGCCCCGACCUCACGACCUGGCGCCGCCUCUCCUACGGCGGCCUCGACCUCGCUCUCGCCCCUUACACCCCCCGCUGA